AUGCUCCAAGUCAGCGGGGACUACGCUCCAAGGCGGGUUCUUUUCACUGGAGGAGCCGGCUUUAUUGGGUCGAAUGUUCUUAUCUACUUCGUUCAGAAGUACCCAGAGGUGUUCUUCCUUUGCCUGGACAACUUGUCUGAGGGCGCGAACCUCUUGAAUCUCGAUCCCAUCCGCGGCGCCAGAAACUUCCUCUUUGUUGAGGGCGACAUUCU